CGUUGGCAGAACUGCGCAUGCGCCUCUUUGACCUACACCAGUAGGAGAACAAAAUGGCGGCUGCUGCGGGGCUGAUUGGGAAGGUACGCCACUUCAGUACCUCUCUGGUUAGGCCAGCUUCAAAACUGGUGCAGCCCCCAAUUCAAGUGUAUGGACUGGAAGGUCGAUAUGCCACCGCGCUUUACUCAGCUGCUUCUAAGCAGAAGAAGUUGGAAAAUGUAGAAAAAGAGCUGGCUCGAGUGUUGACACUAAUCAAGGACCCUAAAUUAUCUGCUGUUGUUAUGAAUCCUCAUGUAAAGGGUACAGUAAAGCAAAAAACUGUGAAUGACGUUCUGCUUAAAGAGAAGCUAUCUCCUAUCACUGUCAAUUUUUUCAAUGUGCUUGCUGAAAAUGGUCGCCUGAGUUACACUCCAGGUGUAAUUUCUGCAUUUGGUAAGAUUAUGAGUGCACAUCGUGGAGAAGUGUUAUGCUCUGUAACUACUGCUCAGGCCUUGGAUGAAGCUAGUCUUACUGAGUUGAAAACAACUCUGAAUGGCUUUCUAGCUAAAGGAGAAGUACUGAAACUGGAAACAAAGACUGAUCCAUCCAUCUUGGGAGGAAUGGUUGUCAGCAUUGGUGAUAAAUACAUUGACAUGUCUACAAAGACCAAGAUUCAGAAGCUGAGCAAAAUAAUGAAAGAGACUAUCUAGUGAUCAUUCAGCAAUUUUUUCCAGUGAAAACCUAUUUAGCUCUAUUAUGCCAGUAAUAAAAAUUCUUCUUGAA